CUCUCUCUCUCUCUCUGUAAGCAAUUACUACACCUUUUAAUUGUCUGGAAUUGGUUAUCAUCAAGUUUGUCAGAUUCCCAGUUUUGCUUUUGUUGAAUUCGAGAUGGGUUCAUGAUAAAAGUUGAUAAUUGAUAUCUUUUUACACAAGUGUGGGUGGUGUUUGAGCUGUGUGGAGGAUUUAAGAGUCGAAUUUCUGUGGUGGUGUAGAUGAAUGGCUUUUGAUUGGUUUCUGCUUUUGGGUUGAGGUUAAAUGUUCUUAUGCUUUUGAAUCCUGAGUAGUAGUGUUAAUGAAACUAAAUGCUUAUAUGGUGGAGUCUGAUGUCAGUUGUUCAAUGAAAUAAGUGUUUGCGUUUUAGCUCUAAGGCAGGAAUGAUGAAAUCAUGAUAGAUUACCGGUAUGUCUUAGUAUAUUUAGUUAGCUAGUUGCUGCUGGACUAAUCAUGCAGUUUGUCUCUUCGCCUGAAACAAAUGGUUAUGCUAGCCCGAGAGUUGUGUCCGGUUGAGAAUUCAGUUUGUCUAAUGUGUAUCACUAUGGAUAGUCUUGCACUUGGAAAUAUCUGGUUAGGUUGACUGACAGCAUUAAUAGUUUGAUUGAACCUGUACAGCACAGUACGGUGUAGUCCCACUGUUCGCAACAUCAUUUAGAUAGCGGUACUAUAUACCAAAGUUGAAAGAUUUAGUUUUUCUGUUUGUUUGCAGGGUCUUCUGCCUGCAAAAGGGAAUUGGGUUCUUACGUGUUGAAUAAGCUGAUUACUUGUGCCAGUGCUGUCCCCGAGUAGCAACAAUAACUGUGACAAAUCAUCCAAAACAGAUGCACUGUGAUUAUUAUGUCUGAACUGAUUGAAGGUCUUCCUGACGCUGUUGCUCUUAGGUGCAUUGCUUGGGUUCCCUUCCAUCUCCAUCCUAAGUUGGAGCUUGUUUCCCGUUCGUGGAAAGCUGCGAUUCAUAGCCCUGAACUGUUUAGAGCUCGACGGGAGCUUGGCUCAUGUGAAGAUUUAUUAUGUGUGUCCGCUUUUGAUCCAGAGAAUUUAUGGCAGCUGUAUGAUCCUCUUCACGACCUUUGGAUUACACUCCCUGUUCUCCCUUCUAGAAUUAGGAUCCUUUCUAAUUUUGGUGCCGUCUCCACUGCUGGAAAGCUAUUUGUGCUUGGUGGUGGUAGUGGUGCUGUUGACCCACAGACCGGUGACCAAGAUGGGAGUUUUGCAACCAAUGAGGUGUGGUCAUAUGACCCAGUAGUCAGGCGAUGGAACUCGCAUGCAUCUAUGCUUGUGCCUCGUGCAAUGUUUGCAUGCUGUGUUUUAGAUGGAAAGAUUGUUGUUGCAGGCGGUUUUACUAGCUGCCGAAAGUCAAUCUCUCAAGCAGAAAUGUACGACCCUGACAAGGAUGUGUGGAUUCCAAUACCUGAUCUCCACCGCACUCAUAAUUCGGCAUGCUCAGGAAUAGUGAUCAGAGGAAAGGUGCACGUCUUGCACAAGGGUUUAUCAACAGUGCAAGUCUUAGACAAUGUGGUGAAUGGGUGGACUGUAGAGGAUUAUGGCUGGCAACAGGGUCCAAUGACAGUUGUUAAGGGUGCACUUUAUGUGAUGAGCAACGGACUCAUCUGCAAGCAAGACCGAGAAGUGAGGAAGGUUGUAGUUUCAGCAUCUGAGAUUGGUCGCAGGAUUGGGUUUGCAAUGACUGGACUUGGGGAUGAAGUUUACGUGAUUGGUGGGGUGAUUAUCCCUGAUCAGUGGAACUUAGAGAUCAAGCCAAUGUCUGAUGUUGAUGUUUUGACCAUUGGGGGUGAAAGACCUACUUGGCGCCGGGCAGCUCCAAUGACACGGUGCCGUGGAACUAUUCUUGGUUGUACACAGUUGAGGAUUUAGGUAUCUUUGUUAUCUGGUUGUUUUAGUGCGCAUGUUGCUCUUCCUAAGGCUUUUGAUACCUACUACCAAGGAAUUGGCCUUUGCUGGCUAACCUUUCCUCUUUGUUUUUAUUUUAAUACACUCCACCUUGUUUCAUGUGCUAACUCCUAGUCUCCUACAUACCCCGGUAGGCGGUAACAGUAUAAGGUCCAGUACCACCGGGAAGAGGCAAAAAUAUACAGUAGGCCACUAGACUAUUUGUUAUGGAUGCACUUCUGUUCUGUCUUAAUUUUCCCCAACACGGGGAUUCUUGAUGUCACAGUUUUUAUGGAUUCGUCAGUGAGGAAACCCAUCUGAUCGAGCACUUUGCCAGUUAAUCUUUGUAUGUUUGAUUUGGGAAUUGAACAUUGAAAGUAUCUAUGAUCAAUUACAAAUCCCAAACAUGGCUUUGUUCAAGGAUGGUGGUGCUCUCCUAAACAGUUAAGACUAAAGAUUUUCAUAUACGUUUUCAUGGGUUUUAUCAUUGUAUUUAAAGAUGUUCAUUCUCUACUA